AUGUUUCACGGGAUCCCAGCCACCCCCGGGAUGGGAGCCCCUGGGAAUAAGCCGGAACUGUAUGAGGAAGUAAAGCUGUACAAGAAUGCCCGGGAAAGAGAGAAGUAUGACAACAUGGCAGAGUUGUUUGCUGUGGUGAAGACAAUGCAAGCCCUGGAGAAGGCCUACAUCAAGGACUGUGUGACCCCCAAUGAGUACACAGCAGCCUGUUCCAGACUCCUAGUUCAGUACAAAGCUGCCUUCAAGCAGGUGCAAGGCUCAGAAAUCAAUUCCAUCGAUGAGUUCUGCCGAAAGUUCAGACUUGAUUGUCCACUAGCCAUGGAAAGGAUCAAGGAAGACCGACCAAUCACCAUCAAGGAUGAUAAGGGUAACCUCAACCGAUGCAUUGCUGACAUUGUCUCACUCUUUAUCACUGUGAUGGAUAAACUCCGUCUGGAAAUACGUGCCAUGGAUGAGAUCCAGCCUGAUCUUCGAGAGUUAAUGGAGACCAUGAACCGCAUGAGCCACUUGCCUCCUGACUUUGAGGGUAGACAGAAAGUCAGCCAAUGGCUACAGACCUUGAGUGGCAUGUCAGCUGCAGACGAGCUGGAUGAUUCUCAGGUCCGACAGAUGCUGUUUGAUCUGGAGUCUGCCUACAAUGCCUUCAACCGCUUUCUGCACGCCUAAACCCAGAGCUCUUGGUCCAUCCCACUCAGCUAUAGUUUGAGACCCAGGGCUAGGACCAUGGUUUACAGGGCUAGGAUCCCUGAAUUUUGGGGGAGGACUCUAGAAUAAACUGCUCAUUUCCCCCCUUUCUUCCAGCUUGGUGGGGUAGGGGUUGGGAGGGACCUGUCUCAGGGUUACAGGAGAAUGCUUUUCUUUCACCACUUCCUCAAGAAGGAUUGUAAGUGGUGACCUAGGAUCGAUCUACACCGGAGCAUUCUGCUUGGGCUGACCCCAGCCCUUAUAACCCAGGGUGCAUUAACACAAUCACUCCAGCUCCCUGGUGGUGUAUGAGCCAAGUCAGCAGGGGCUCUUGGUUUCCUUGGAGCGUGUUUUCCUCUCCUCUUUCCUGCUUUCCGAGUCCACAUCUACCCCUGGCCAUUUUCAUCUCUGUUCCUUGGAAGAGGUGGAGAAUGGAUGUGGGGCUAAGUAGGUAGUGUCCUGGCUUAUCCCACUGGUCUCCCAAAAUAAAGACUGUGCCCUAUAACUGGAGUCAAGACAACUUAAGUUCAAAUCCAGCUUCAGACACUUAACCAGUGUGUAAACACUGAAUAAGUCACUUAACCUCUCUCAGCCUCAGUUUCUCCAGAUGUAAAAUGGGAAUAGUGUCAGUAUCCAGCACACAGGAUUCUUGUAAAGAUCAAGACAAUAUUUGUAAAAACUUUAGUACAAUACCUGAUAUAAAGUAAGCUAUAUAAAUACUUAUUACCCUCCCCUUUAAGUCUCUUACUUCCAUACACUUGGGUGCGAAGAACUGGAACUUAAUUCAUAUCCAUUAGAUUCCUUGAAACUUAAAUUCUAUACCCUUUUCCAGGGAAGAUUCUGCUGAACCAAGUCAACCCCACUUGCGUAAAGCAGCAACAGAGUCAGAUACUUGUCUUUUUGUCGUGAUUCUCUUGGACCCAGCUUUGUCCACUUGGAACUUCCAAGCCUUCUCCUACUCCCUAUCCCCCUUAAGAUCAGAGUUUAGGUAUUAAUACUAGCUGGUGUGAAUUAAGUGUCUAAACCACUGUAUCCACUCUGAUAAUCCCAGAGAUCUUUCCAUUUCUAGGGAAAUCCGAACCCAGUCUGUAAUCCCCAUUCACUACCAUGGUUGUGACCUUUGUCAGUACAUAGGGCUAGACAAAACAGGCCUGGUUGUGUGAGGAAAAACUUCUCUAGCUGCAGUUGGCCUUGACCCUAAGCCACUUUGUACGUCAACGCCCAGAGUGGAGCAGGAUCGUACUUGGGCCAGGUGUUUGCUCUGGCAGAGAGGGUAGAUCACGUAAAUCAUUUUAGAAGAGUUGUGCAUUGGAUGAUGAUCAGACUAAAGGAACCCUCAAACAUCUCAUCAACUCUUGACUGUUAGGCUCUGGCCUGCUAUCUUGUAUGCUUGAAUUUGAAAUGAACAUUAGCCCCUUCACACAAGAAACUUGACCACAUUAGAUGAUUGAACAGCUAGAUAGGGUUCCAUCACCAGAUUAUUAACACUAGAAGGACUGGGUUCAUCAGUUGACAAAAUUAUAGUUUUAUUUUGAAAUAAAAUUGUCAUUCUAUUAAAUUUUGGGGGUUUUGCCUUAUAGAUUAAAAGAAAAAAACUCUUAUCAAUUGACAAAGCUUGGCUUUUGAGAUAAUUCUUACAUUCUGGUCCAUCUAGUACUAAGAUUCAAAAACCUAAAGCCAGUCCUAGUUUUUUGAAUGUUAAAUCAAUGGCUACCCCAUCCUCAUUAUGGGACAAAUUUUCCCCAUGGAAAGGUCAAGGACUAGAUCUGGGCAAAAGUUGAUUGACCUUUUCUUGACUUCCAUGCCACCUUUGUCUCCUGCUCACUACGUUGCCACCAACAGAUAGCUUCGGAAAAUCCUUCCAAUCUGUUUUUACUGCUCUUAAUUUUUCUCGUGUAUUUCCUCAUAGACCUUUCUAGGCCUCAAAAGGCAUUUAUUCACUAUGUAUUUUGGAGAACCCAAAGUAGAUGACUGGCUUCUUUCUUCAAGGAGCUUUUGGUCAUUUUUUUUUUAGAGUUAAUUAUUUUUUUGAAUGAUUCUCUUUCGAUCACUCCCUGCUUGAGAUAGCAGGCAAAACAAAAUACCUCUUAAAAUUCAACAGUCAAGCAAAAGGAAUUCCCCACUGGCCAUGAUUUUAAAAAAGUCAUUCUCCACUUGAGUUUUUCACUUCUCUAUCAAGAGGUUGAAAAUGUUUCAAUGGUGAUAAUGAAAUUGUGGUCACUAUGCUGAUCAGAGUUUCCAAGUCUUUAAAAUUUUUAUUAUGUCAUUGUUAUAUAAAUUGUUCUGGUUCUGCUGACAUACCUUUGUCAGAUCACACAAGUCUUUCCGGAUUUCUCUAAAAUCAUCUCCGUCAUAUCAGUAUUACAUAUUUCCUAUACCAUAACUUGUUCAUCCAUUCCUUUAUUGUUUGCCACCUAAAAAAGGAGAUGCUAUAGUUAUUUUUGUAUAUAUGGGUCAUUUUCUUCUUUCUUUGAUCUCUCUGGGGAAUAGACAUGGUAGUGGUAACUGGGUCAAAAGGUUUGUACAAUUGAAUAACUUUAUAUGCAUAAUUCCAAAUUAUUUUUUGGAAUUGGCCAGACUACCAAUGGUGCAUUGAUGUACUUGUUUUCUCUUCAACAUUUGUCAUUUUUCUUUUUUUUGUUAGCUAUAACUUCAGUUGUAAUUGAUGUGCAUUUCUCUAAUUAUUAGUAAACCAAGUAUAUUUUCAUAUGGUUGAUAGCUUGGAUUUCUUCCCUUGAAGAUUUUUGGCAUGGUCAUAUCAUUUGGGUACUGAGUGACUUAUUCUUAUAAAUCUGAAUCAGUGAUGUCAAACUCAGAAAUGGAUCUUUACUAGCCAGAUACUGGUUUAGAAAAUCACAAAUAAACAUGAUUAUUUAUUUUGUAUUUUCA